CGUUUCAUUCAUUUCCCCUCCUGUUCUGAGUGAAUCACUUCUUUAAAGCGCCAUGGCGUACAGGAGGAGACGACAGCGCUCAUUUUCAGGUCAUGACAGACCAGCGCUCGACAAUGUGGAUCACCUCUCCUUCAAAUACAUGGAGAUGUGCAAAAUGGGGUCCAGCACUGAUUCCGACUCGGAAAUCAGCCCAAGAUGGUCAGACACCAGCACCAUGGGAUAUGUGAGCAGUGCACCAGAGAGCGGGACUUCUCGGCGGGCUCUGACUUUAACACAGAAGCCUUCAGGACGACACGGAGGCUAUUCUUUGUUUUUGGACCCGUACGAUGGCAGUUCUGAAGAUUCUGAGGAGUCGAGCGUUGAAGUGUUCAGCAGACAAACGAGACAACAGGGGAAGGGUGUUGGAGGAGGAGGCUGCCGGCUCUCAGGCCGCGCUCAGCGCGUCGUCUUCCGUCCGCCGGCUUCUGUCCAGAUGAAAUGUGAAAGUGACUCUGACGCUCUGCCCUCCCUCGUCACCGAUGCAAAUCUUCCGGAGGAGAGCGCGGCCGAUCCAGCAGUGCACGGCCAAGCCAUGGACAUCGAGCUGCAACUUGACGCUUCAGGCACUCGCUCAGUGACGUCCUGUGCGCCUCACACACCCAGAUCUCAAACCCCGGGGAGUGGGAGUUCAUCUCAUCGCUACACAGACAGAUGCUCCAGCUCCCUUCACAAGAGGAAAUUGGGCCUCCUCGGAGCAGAGGCGCUGCAGCUGGAGCAGAGGAAGAGGCCAUGUGUCUGCGCCAUGGAGAAUGAAUAA